AUGGAGGACAUCCUUGACAUCUACCUUGUGUAUGUCCAGGGCAGUGACUCCGCCAAGAAGGAAGGCUUGCUCAAACGCUUUGGUGAGAAGAUGGCAAACUUGUUCAAGAAGAGCAAGACUCAGCAGCCGGGUGACGUGCCCACCGCAAAUAUGAAGAUAGUAUCAGUUGUUGGAGUUGGUGGACUUGGCAAGACCACUCUUGCAAAAGCUGUCUACGACAAGCUCAAAGGGGAUUUUGGCCACAGGGCUUUUGUUCCUGUUGGGAGAAAUCCUGACUUGAAGAAAGUGGUUAAAGACAUUGUUAUCAAUCUGGAUAGAGACAUCUGGAUAGAGACAGAUAUCUACAGUUCAGUACGAUAG